UCCUCCUACUGCUGGCUGCCCGCACUUCCCCGGGCACGCACCACCGGAGGGAUCGCAUCGCUACCUUGCUUCCUCCUCACGUGCCUUGCCCUCCCCGCUUCCCGUUCCGCUCCAUCCCACCGACUGAACUAAGGGUCGGCGAGAGGCCACGGCAAGAAGCCGCGACUGCGACCGGGAGCAGGCAGAGGACGCGAUGCAGCAGCAGCAGGCGCCGCCGUCGUUCGCCCGCCCUGCUCCCACCACCUUUGACGAGGCGUCCAUGGAGCGGAGCAGGGGCUUCGUCAAGGCGCUACAGGAGCUCAAGAACCUGCGGCCGCAGCUAUACUCCGCCUCCGAGUACUGCGAGAAGUCCUACCUCCACAGCGAGCAGAAGCACGUGGUGCUGGACAACUUGAAGGAUUAUGCUGUCAGGGCCCUGGUCAACGCGGUCGACCACCUUGGUACCGUCGCCUUCAAGUUGACAGACCUGUAUGAACAACAGGCUUCAGAGCUCUCAACUAUCGAGCUGAAAGUAGCAUCCUUGAACCAGCAAGUCCUGACCUGCCAAACCUACACGGAUAAAGAAGGCCUUAGGCAGCAGCAGAUGAUCGGAACCGCCACCAGGCACCACAAACAUUACAUCGUACCAGUUUCAGGAAACAAAAGGAUGCAGACCUUUUCCGAGAUGCAGACUGAUGCUGAGUUCGACUUACGGCCCAAACCUUAUCCCUCAGAGAAAACUCUUUUCUGGCACUUGGCUUCAGAGAAGAACUCCAAAACCAAUGGAGAACGACAAUCUGAAUUAGGCCACGGAGAAACAAAAACUUCUAAACCUACAUCCAGUGAUGGGUUCAACCUUCUAGGUAAGGAAUCGUCUGCCUCUCCCUUGCCCAAGCGUACACAGUCGAAUGUGACCAGCUCGGACAUUGUUACUCGUAACAGUGGCAUGAAGGAUCAGCCUGGUACAAGGCAUUUGUCAUCAUUCAGUUCUCUCGAUAACCCAAGAGCGCGCCAAAUCCAAAAGGUUCCCGUCCGCACGAAGAGCAUGCUAGCUGCAUUCUUUGUCAGGCACAGGUCUGGAAAGAUGAAAAAUGUCUCAGUUCGUUGAUCAGCUGCAGACCUGCAGUUUGCUAUGGCCAGCUGCACAAUGAAGUACACGCAAGAAACUCAGUCCACAUCUCUUAUAUGGUACUCCCUCCGUGCACUAAUAUAAGAUGUUUUGCCAAGCUAAAUUAGCUUGCCAAAAUGUGUUAUAUUAGUAAGCAGAAGAAGUAAUAUAUGUAUCUUGUAUAUUCUAGUGGUCUAGAGAUACAUCGUAUGUGAUGCCAUUUCCAUCUCUAAUUCUUAAUGUCAUCAUGCUGAUGACACAAAAUUAUACGGAUAGAGUAAAUUUGUAUACCAUUUUGCCAAAUCACUAGCCAGGAGUUC